CUAUCAAUUUUUUUUUAUAAAAAUAUUCGAACUAAUUGAAAUUUAUCUGAAGUUAACACAAGUUCAACAAAGCAGAACGGUGAAGAAUUCGAGAAUCGAGCAAUGCUUUUCGCGAAGCUUGGAAAAUCCUUGCCCUUUUCUGGUGUUUUGAGGAAGCUUGAGCAAGAUGUGGAGACUGUAAUUAGGGUACUGCAGCCCGGGCCAGUUGGAAUUGUGGAGCACAAAUUUAUGGAUAAAGAAAUACGUGAGGCAAAUGCUGUGGUUAUAAGUGCAGUGCAGAAAUGGCGAAGGAGAGCCGAGUUUGAAAGAAGUGGCAUUUUGAAAGAUUUUUUAGAUUCAUGAUGGAAUUUGUACAUUUUAUUGGUGAAUAGUUGGAUGUCAAAUGCAGUACUUUUAUCUUGUGCUAAAAGAUUAGGCUUUUCUAUGUUUGAAGUCUUGACGAGCUUUAAAUUUUAUACUCCUAGAAAGUCUGUAGUUUUCUCUAAGGUGUUUGCUUAAAGUAUAUUGUUUACUGUAUUCUCAUGCGAAGGUCCUUAAUACAAAUAAAGAUCCUAUUGUGGCAUUUGCCAA